UUUCAAAGCACUAGUGAGUUGAAAAUGGCGAUGGCAAGGUGUUGGGUAUCUCAUCGUGUAUUGCCAAUAAAUCGGUGAUUGUUGUUUGACAAGUGUUAAUUAAUUAAUUAUUUAGCUUUAAUUGUGUAGAGAAAUAAAAAUUCAAUAAAAGGUAAAGGAAAAUUAAAGGAAAAUGUCGCUUUUUAAUAAGCCAAAACGAAAUAUUCGUCGACGACAUUUCAACGACGAUGAUGAAGAUAAUGAGAACAGAAUGGAGACAGAAGACGCUCCAAUUGUCAGAGUGAAACCAAAGAAGAAGGAAAAACCCAAACAAACGCUCCUGAGCUUUGGAGAGGAGCUUGAUGAAGCCGAUGAGGGAGAAGUUUUUAAAGUGAAGAAAUCGUCGAGAAGCAAAAAACUGAUGAAACUACUUGAUCACGAAAGAAAAAAAAAGAAAGGUGAAGAGAAAAUGCAAGUGGACUCUGAAUCAUCGAACAUGUCUAUUAAGCAGGAAAAAGAUUUAGAAAUAAAGACAGAUGAUCUAGUAGUAAAAAUAAAGAAUACUGGUCCAUUGAUUUUAAAUGGAAGGGCCGCAUUGGCUGCUGGUAAAGAUGACUUUUCGUCAAACGAAGAAGACGAGGAGGAAACGAAUGGACAUAAAUUUCAUAGGAACAAAAAUUCAGAUAAAACAGAUAGCAUGAAAAUGUUUUUAGAAAGUGGAUGUAUUCCUGACGCUGCUAUGAUUCAUGCGGCUCGCAAAAGGAGGCAAAAAGCUCGAGAAUUGGGAAGUGAUUAUAUUCCCAUUGAGGAUCGAAGUGACGAGAAAGGUAAAUCGAGAUUAAUCAGAGAAGAGGAUCACGAUAGAAGUGAUGAUGAUUCCGAGGAAAGAAUUGACAUGAUGGUGAAUAUGGAGGCGAGGGACAAGGAAAAGAGGAGAGAAGCCAUUUUUGCCUCGCAAGCAAAACAAGAUUUUUCAGAUGAUGAGGAAAGUGAACACGGAAAUGGAGAAGAGGAAUGGGAAGCUCAACAAUUUCGGAAAGGUGUGACGGGAGCUCAAAUAGCAGCAGCUCAGCAGGAAUCUCUCAUACAACAACAGUACAAUGCAAAUAUGAAUACGAAUCCAAUGAUUGCACCAGGUGUUCCUUUAGAAAUGAUAAUGAUGCCUGCACCACCACCCCCGCCAAUAAUUCAUCCGCCAGAUCCAAUGAAAACUGUACCCGUCACUCCUGAGGAAGUUUUGAAUAAAAUGCGAGCAAGAUUGGAGAAUUUGAAGGAAGUUUAUCGACGCCAUCAAUUGGAUCAGGAACAAUUAAAAGAUGAUCUCGUGCAAACGGUGAAGGAAUUGGACGAUGGAAAAGAACGUGCACCAUUGUUAGCACAACGCUUCAAUUAUUACCAAGAGUUGCGUGGGUAUGUCACUGACUUGGUAGAGUGUCUUGAUGAGAAGCUGCCAUUGGUGGUUGGACUGGAGGAACGAUGGCUGGAUCUCUAUGGGAAGAGGGCUUUAGAAAUAAUGGAAAGACGUCGACAAGAUACGAGGGAUCAAGCCGAGGAAAUCACCACCGCUGCAAGGGGACAAACAAUGAGAAGAGGUCCAGAGGACGAUGCUAGAAUUCGAAGAGCCACUGAACGAGAGGGAAGACGUGCUCGUCGGAGAAGAGCGAGGGAAUUGGCCUCAAAUGGACCAAAACACAUGGACGGAAUGUCGAGUGACGAUGAAGUGACAGAACAACAGAAUCUCGCUUUUAAACAAGCCAAGGAGGAAAUUGAUGAGGAAACAGAGGAUAUUUUCUCAGAUGUUGUGGACGAUUUUUCCACAGUGAAAGGAAUACUAUCUAAAUUAGAAACAUGGAAAUCAACGGAUAUUGAGGCGUACUCUGACGCUUAUGUUUCCAUGUGUAUUCCAAAAAUGAUUUCCCCUUUAAUAAGAUUACAAUUAAUUACUUGGAAUCCAAUAAAGGAAAAUACCGAUUUAGAACGAACGAAAUGGUAUAAUUCAUUACUUUUAUAUUCGUGGGACAGUAAAGAAACUGAAGAAUCACUUCGAAAAGAUCCAGAUGUUCGAUUAGUGCCAUCAACAAUAGAAAAAAUUGUAAUUCCUAGGUUAACUUCAAUUGUCGAAAAAGUUUGGGAUCCAAUGUCCACAUCUCAAACACUUCGUCUUAUAGGAACAAUUAAAAGAUUAAUUAGAGACUAUCCAAAUCUCAAUGAUUCAAGUAAACUUUUAGGAACUUUUUUUAAUGCAAUUUUUGAUAAAAUUCAAUCCGCAGUAGAAAACGAUGUCUUCAUUCCAAUUUUACCGAAGCAAGUUUUAGACACUAGACAUCAAUUUUUUCAAAGACAAUUCGCAAUGGCUGUUAAACUUCUUCGAAAUUUGCUCAGUUGGCAGGGACUUUUGGGUGAUACACGACUUAAAAAUUUGGCUCUUGGAUCACUUUUGAAUCGUUAUCUUUUAGCUGGAUUGAGAGUUUCUCCUCCAACUGAUGCACUCACGAAAGCAAAUAUGAUUAUGAGUACGCUCCCUCGAACUUGGCUACAGGGAGAGACAAUCGAACAUUUAAAAAUGUUCGCCAAUUUGAUUCUUCAAUUGAGCGAGCAAUUAGAUCAAGCGAAUCCAGCACAUAAUGAAGCCUGGGAAUAUUCAAAAUCAAUUAUGAAAGUAAUCAAGCCAUCGUGAAUCGUCAUUCGUGAAUAUUUUAAAAAGUGUUUCCUUUUUUCGUGUUUAGAAAAAAUUUUCUCCAAAAACAUUGAGUGUUUUUUUUUAUAUUUAUUAUUGUUUUUUUUCUCCUUUUGCAAAAGAAAAAAGAAACACUACUCUCUUGUAAAUGCAUAUAGCUUUAAUAAUUAAAAAGAAAAACGUCACAUCUUUGUUAGACGAAAAAAAUAGAUUUUUGUACAGUUUCAUGUUUUUGAAUAGUGAACUUUUCAAAUUAUCUAUUAAACUUUAUUAUGUACAUAAUAACGCAGAAAAUAAAAACAGGAAUGGGCUAAAAAAAA